AUGUUUGAACUCAAGGUCGGAACCAGCUCAGGUGGCUUGGUAGUUCUUGGUCUUGAUAUUCUACAUUUGACGGUGCCCCAGUGCCAGUCGCUUUUCCAAACAUUAGCCAGGAAGAUUUUCGAUCCCACGCGACGCAGACGACUUCUUAGCAUUCUACUGGCUGACGAGGUCUAUGAUACUGCAGUAUUUGAGGACACUUUAAAAGAGUAUUUUGGGGCCAGUCGCCGAAUUCUGGACGUCCAACCGUCACUGCUGUCUACAGGGAAGGUGGCGGUCACAGCCACCUCAAUCAACGAUGGUUCUUUGUAUAUCUUCACAAACUACAAUGGUACUGCACCACAUAGAGCAGAAUCAGUUUACGGAAGACUACGGCCUGAUGUCGAGCAUGAGCCUUUUGUUUGGCAGGUUGCACGUGCAACAUCAGCAGCCCCACCGUAG